AUGAGUCGCAGUGUAAAGCGCUAUAUAAGUGCAGACCAUCUACCAUACCGUUUCUGAAAGAACAGAUCUGUUAUUUUGUGUAAUUAUAUAAUAAUGUUUUUGAGUUUGAUGAAUUAUAAUUGUCCAUUAUAAUGAUGAUGUUUUGUGUGUUCAGAUGUUCAUCAUGAGAGAGCAGGUGGAUGUGAUUCACACUGGAGAACAGCAGAUGCUGCAGACACCAGUGAAGACUGAAGUGAAGCAGGAGGAGAUAAAAGAAGAAAACACAACAGAGGAACAACAGAGUGAUGAAGAUGAUGAUGAACAGCAGAUGCUGCAGACACCAUUGAAGAUGUGUUCAGUGAAGCUACUGGACUGCAUGAACUUGAUGAAGGUGAGAGGAGAAACCACAGCAGAGGAAGAACAGAGUGAUGAAGAUGAUGAUGAAACCACAGCAGAGGAACAACAGAGUGAUAAAUAUGAUGAUGAUUUUAUUCCUGCAGGCCUCUGCCUAUUGGAUAUGUCACCUGCCAAUCAUCAUCAGGGCAUUGUGACUUCACCCAAUCCGCUCCCACCCCGCCUGUUAAAAACCAUCCGGCACGCUUGGUUAAGAAGGAAGAAAAAGACGUGCAGUGUGUGAUCUUUUGUUUGAGAUAUUUACCUUUGUUAUAAUUAUUUGUUUCUUUGAAUCAUACUUGUUGAGUUUGUUACGUGUUACUGCCGCUGUUCAAUGGAACGUUCUUUUUGUUUUGGGAAAAGGAACAGGUAAGCAGGUCGCGCGAUAUACACGGUACACGUAGUGAUAUUUGAUUGUUAGACACAUUAGGUAAGGAGUGUGCGCCACCCCUUGUAUUUUUUGUGUUUUCCUUAGAGUAGGUUAUUUAGAGUGUCGUGUACACUGAAGAAUUCGAGUUUCUUUGUUUUCUACAUUUUCCUUUUCAUAGGCAGAUUAGAGGGCUUGUGAAUUAGAUUAAGGGAAUUAUUUUUAUUUUUAUUUGUUCUUUGAUUUGGUGACACUCAGGUUCCUUUUCCCCAUGUUGUUUUUUUAAAAUUAUUAUUUACUACUAGUUGUUGCACUCAUUACACUGUAAAUAGCUCAUCCUGCACUUCAUUCUAGUUGGUUUGGCUUGCUGUAAUAAAUCCACA